CGCCCACAGCCAAUAAUUCAUCGUCUCAUACUCUCAGACAUCGACCAAAGUGCGACAGGAAGUUGGAACGCCGACCGCCGACUUCGACACAGCUACGGUUGCGAGCCUGCGCUGGUGGCCGGCGCCCCGGCCCUGCCCAUUCCGAUUCUUCCCAUUUCCCAGACUCGCAGCCCCUUAUUAGGAAAGUGGACGGUUCCCAGAAGUAAUUUUUAUUGUAGCCUCAGCCCAUUAUCAUUUCACAAGCGGCCUCUACGCUUCAUCCUCAAUUAAUUUUGUAGUUGAAGGGCUUGGUUCAACGGAGAAAUGGUGUGAUUUUAUUCCUCGAAGUUGUAAUUUAUUUUCUUCUUUAUGUUAUACGGAUUAUGAAAUUAGGUAUGAAGUUAUUCGAAAACGAGGAUGAUGAUGUAGAGUUGAGCAAAAUAAAGAUCAAUGAGGAGUUUGCUCGCCGGUUCGAGCACAACAAAAAGAGAGAAGACCUUCACAGAUUUGAAGAGCUGAAGAAGAAAGGUCUAGUUGAGGAAGAUGAGGAGACUGAAGAUGAAGGCGACAGUGAAAGUUUUGAUAAGAAGGACACUGAGUUUUUCGAUGCUCUGAUUAAGAUCAGAAGGAAAGAUCCUAUCUUGCAAAACAAAGAUGCAAAACUAUUUGAGUCGGAAUCUGAAUCUGACCCUGAUUCCGAGUCUGAUUACAAUAAGAAAGCCAAUGAUAAGAAAAAGCCAAUGUAUUUAAAAGAUGUAGUGUCUAAGCAUUUGAUGGAGGAGGGACCGGAAUUUGAUGAUGAAGAUGAAGAAGAGGAUAAGAAGAAGCUAAAGACUUAUUCAGAGGAGCAAGAGGAGCUCAGGAAGGAGUUCUUGGAUGCAGUGGAGAAGAUGGAGAUGGAAGCUGAGGAUGGCGAUGACUUUUUAAAGGUUAAAGGGAGUGGGAAGAUAGGAGGCGAUGAUGACGAGGAUGCUGAUGAUGGACAGUUUUCGAAGAAGUUAGAGGAGUAUUUCGGGGAGGAUGACAAGUUAGAUGAGAACGACCGGUUUUUGAAAGAUUUCUUUCGUAAUAAAAUGUGGUUGGAUAAUGACGAUAAGGGCAAGAAGGUGGAUGAUGAUGAAGAGUCAAUACUAUCACAAGACGAAGAAGCAAUUGAGAAGCAGGAGGAUUAUGAGAGGGAAUUUAAUUUUAGGUUUGAAGAGAAUGCCGGUGAUAGAGUUUUGGGGUACUCGAGGAAAGUGGACGGUUCGGUUAGAAAAAAGCCAAAUGCAAGGAAGUUGCAAAGGGAGAGAAAGGAAGAGAGGAUGGCAAGGGAGGCAGAGGAGAGGAAAGAGGAGCUAAAACGAUUGAAGAAUUUGAAGAAGAAAGAGAUGAAUGAGAAACUUCAAAAGAUUAAAGAGAUCGGCGGGAUCAGAAAUGAUGUGGAUUGUGUGCUAGAUGAGGAUGAUCUCUAAGCCGAAUUCAAUCCUGAGGAGUAUGAUAGAAAGAUGAACAAAACAUUUGGAGAUGAUUACUAUAAUGAAGAUGAUGUUGAUCCCAAUUUUGUGAGUGAUGGUGAUGAAGCUCCUGAAAAGCCAGAUUUUGACAAGGGAGACGAGUUACUUGGGCUAUCAACCUGUUGGGAAGAAACAAACGAACCACGAGAUAUGGUUUUGUCCGUUCGGGAAAGAAACUCUAGGAGGGGUGAGGUUUAUGAUGAUGAUGAUGGAGGAACAAAUACAGAUGCAAUGCAGGCUGCUAAGGACCAGUUAAUGGAUGAAUAUUACAAGUUAGACUAUGAGGAUGUUAUAGGAGACCUAAAGACUAGGUUUAAGUAUAAACCUGUUAACCCUAAAAGGUUCGGUUUGAAAACAGAGGAAAUCAUAAUGUUGGAUGACAAGGAUUUAAAUCAAUAUGUGCCUCUGAAGACAUUGGCUCCAUAUAGGGAAAAGGAGUGGAAGGUCCCACGUAAUAAGAGAUACCAUCAGAAGCAGAAAGUUAAAGAGUUAAUACUCGAGAGUGUGCAGAAAUCAAACUUUGGAAAGAAUGAGAAGAAGAAAAAGCAGCUAAGUGAGACAGAAACAUCUAAGGUGGCAAGUUCCACAGAAAAUGGCGGUGAUGAUACAAGAAGUUUAUCCAGGAAGAAAAGGAGAAAGCUUCACCAAGCAGACCUGAAGUUAACCCAUCAAAGGCUUAAGGCAUAUGGAAAGAAGUAAAAGCAUCAUCAUUGAGGUGAGUACUUAGCCGGAUUUGCCAGUUGUGCACCUAUACUAUGGUAAUUUAUCUGAUGGAACCAUAUUUAUUCAUACACGUAGCUGUUGUGAAGUUAGCAUUUGCAAUCUCAACAGUGGGAAUUGGAAACCCAUGUUUGCAGAAAUAGGGAGUUGAAGUGUUUUGUUAGUUGAUGUGUGUUGUAUUCCUUGUGGCACAUUUGAAAGCAUGGACAAUAUGCCGCAAUGGUAUGUGUCUUUGUUGUUCUUAUACCUAUUGCAUUUGAUGUAUCAUUGACAUUAUCACUUAUGACAUUUCAGGAAUUUAUUUGAAUGGCUACAUUUUCCAGAAAAAAUGCAGUAUGUAACUUUUGGAGAAUUAUCUAUAUAGGAGUAAAAGUAACAUCAAAUUCACAUGUAGAAGUAGGAUUAGACACCAAGUUACUAAAAUGUCUUUGAGGUAAAAAUAAAUGCAUGCAUGCAUAAUUUAAAUACUCCAUAGUUAGUAUUUAAUACAUUCAAGUAUUCAACCAUUGCUACUGCCGCUGCUAGAGUGCUAGAGUACGUUACGAUCCACCAAUGUUUGGAUUCCAUUACUGUCUUUUUGCUAUUUCCGUCUAGCCACCAUUGUCUUCAUUUCGCCUCAGGCAUCAUAAUAAUAAUAUUAUUAUCAUCUAUCUAUCGCCACCAUGCAUAUUGCAACCACUACAAUUCUUGGUAUUUUCA